AUGGCAAAUAAAUUAAAACCUUUUCUGAAUAAUAUAAUUUCUGUGAACCAAAGUGCUUUUAUUCCGAAAAGGUUGAUAACGGACAAUGCCUUGGUUGCUUUUGAGAUCUUUCAUGCUAUGAAGAGGAAGGGCGAGGGCAAAUCAGGGUCAAUUGCUAUGAAGCUUGACAUGAGCAAAGCAUACGAUAGAGUUGAAUGGGUUUUCUUGGAGAGAGUGAUGUAUAAAAUGGGUUUCUGUGAAAAUUGGGUACGGAGAAUUAUGGAUUGUCUUUCGAGUGUAUCUUUUUCCUUUAAGGUUAAUGGGCGCAUUUCUGGAUCGGUUACACCCACACAGGGCCUCCGACAAGGUGAUCCUAUCUCUCCAUACUUGUUCCUAAUUGUUGCGGAUGCCUUCUCCACAUUACUUUUGAAGGCGGCAAAAGAUAACCUGCUUCAUGGUGCUAGAGUUUGUAGGGGUGCUCCUAGAAUCUCCCAUUUGUUUUUUGCCGAUGAUAGUAUCAUUUUUGCAAAAGCCUCCGUUAGUGAUUGCUCGGUGAUAGCUAAUAUUAUUAGCAUAUAUGAGAGAGCAUCGGGACAAAAAGUCAAUCUCAACAAAACGGAUGUUGUUUUUAGCAAAUGUGUGGAUGGAGACCGAAGGCAAGAGAAUGAAGAGAUAGUCAAUAUUCUGGGGGUCCAAGAGGUUGAGCAACAUGAGAAGUACCUAGGCUUACCUACCAUAGUACUCAGGGCCACUUUCUCGGAUGCUGACUGUAAAAAAAUCCUCCAAUUGCCUACUCCUAUCUUCUCCCAAGAGGAUAAUCUAUUUUGGUGGCCAUCGAAAUUGGGUGAGUACAGUGUGAAGACAGGCUACUGGUUGGGUAAACUAGGACAACAAGCUGUACAGAACGCUAUGAAUCAAGAAGAAGAAAAAAGAGUUUGGAAGAUUGUAUGGAGCCCGGACCGCCAACCAAAGCUCAACCACUUUCUGUGGAGGGCAUGUAGAGGAAGCUUGGGGGUGAAAGAGAACCUGUUUCGUCGCCAUAUAGUAAGAGAUGACUUAUGUUGCUGCUGUGGGAUAGAGGUAGAAUCGAUUUCUCAUGUUCUUUUUGAGUGCCACUCUGCCACGAGAGCCUGGUCAGGUAGUGAUUUUGGCCCGUUAAUUGCUGACGCUCCCAAAGUCUCCUUCAAGCAGACCUUGUUAUUGCUUGAUAGCAAAAUUGAUAAGAAGAAAUUGGGGAAAAUUCUUGCCAUAGGCUGGGCAGUAUGGUUCUGCAGGAAUAAGUGGGUAUUUGAUAAAAUAAAUCUUGAUGUAAACUAUAUUGCCAUAAGUUUUGUCAAGCAGGCUGAGGAGUAUUCCAACUAUGCGUGUAGAGUGUUCCCAUCUGGUGGAAACUCGAAACCUAUCUCAGCAGCAAGUUGGGUUUGUCCUCCUGAGAAUGUUCUGAAAAUUAAUGUAAACGCACAUAUUGCAGCUGCUGGGUAUGUGGGGCUUGGAGCUGUGGUCCGGGACCAUAAUGGUGCAUUAAUAUUGGUUGCAGCACGCAAAUUUGAGGGGGUGUGGGAUGUGGAGCAGGCUGAAGCGGCGGCAAUCCGCUAUGGUCUUCAAGUGGCAAAUCGAUUUGGUUAUGAUAACAUAUGGGUGGAAAGUGACUCCUGGGCAGCAAUCGAAAGGGUGAACAAGCAGCAUCAUGGUUUCUCCCCCCUAUGCCUAGUCUACAAUGACAUAUUCCAGCUUGCAUCUAAUUUUUCUAGUUUGUUUACUUCUCAUGUAAAACGCACGGGGAACUCGAUAGCCCACCUAGUUGCUAGAUGGGAUACUAGAGAUAAUGUGGAACGUGUUUGUAUGAGUCCUUUUCCCCAAAGCUUGAUUGCUUUGGCGGAAUGCGAUUUCCUUUGAUGAUAUAAAAUCCCCUAACGUUUACUUAAAAAAAAAAAAAUGGAAUAAGGAAUUAGUCAGUAGUGGGUAGCUGAAUUCUUAUAUGCAUGACCAAAUAGGCAAAUACUGCAUUCAAAUUUUCAAAGCUUACAAAAACACAGUGAAUCAACCAAAAGAACAAAAUAUCGAAACUGAGUUGCAAAAUUCCCAAGGAUAAAGAUGCGUGGUAAGGGAUCGAAGCGGCAACAACCAUCGUUGACAACCUCCAUCUACCUCCAUCUUCGUGCUGCCGAAUUUGAGAUUCUCUUCUUCCUCUUUUUUCUUGUCGCUUUUCUCCUCUUCAAAGAUCUCACUUCAAGACCUGAGUACAAUCAGAUUAUGGUGAAGAAGCCUCAACAUGAUUUCUGGCCCUUCUAGAUCUUGACAGUGAUAUCGUAGGUUUUUCUUCUUGUUUAUGAGCAUAUAAUUAUGUAUCUUUUUUUAAGAUAAUUUUAUCUUACAAGUUAGUUGAGAAUGUAAAUCUGUGUUUCUGAUCUAUACUUUAUAGCAAUUAUAAAGACAAUUGUCUGAUUUCUGUUAAUCAUCCAAAUUUUCUGAGGACAACCAUCAUCAAUUUAUAUA